AUGGCUAAGUUCUCGGGCGCCACGUCUUUCGUGGUGUUAGCUCUGCUGGGCUGCCUUGUGGGUACGGAGGUAGAAGGUCAGGGCUUAUUUAGGCAACACUCUGGCCUUACUCCGCGGAGCUAUCAGAACGCUCAAACUACUCAGAACCAUCAAAAUAAUCAGAACUACCAAAAUAAUCAGAACCCUCAACCUACUCAGAAGCCUCAAGCUUACCUCCCACCACCACCAAACUACAGUCCGCCAAAGCUCCCACCCCAAAUUCAGCACGGUGUUAAAGCCGAUCAAAGUUACCAGAGGCAGCAGACUUCUCAGCAAUCUGUACCACCGCAGAAGCCUUACGUUUACGAGCCGAAGGAACCGAAGCAUCCUGCCCCUCAGGACUGUGCCGUGGAUAGAAGCGCCAGAGUCCAAUGUGGAGCUCCUGACAUCUCUGCUACUGCAUGUGAAGCCAUAAACUGCUGCUUUGACGGCCAACAGUGCUACUUUGGAAAGGCAGUGACUGUCCAGUGCACCAAGGACGCCCACUUCAUUGUUGUAGUAGCCAAAGAAGCCACUUUACCCAACCUUGACCUCGAGGCAGUCUCACUGUUGGGAGAAGGUCAAGGCUGCUCGCAUGUUGACUCGAAUUCACAAUUUGCCAUCUACCAUUUUCCUGUUACUGCCUGUGGCUCCCUUGUCAUGGAGGAGCCUGGUGCUAUCAUCUAUGAGAACAGGAUGACUUCGGCUUAUGAAGUGGGAGUUGGGCCUCGUGGAGCCAUUACCAGAGACAGCUCCUAUGAAUUGCUCUUCCGGUGUAGAUACACCGCCACCUCUGUCGAAACUCUGAUUGUAGACGUUCUACCACUUACGAAUCCUCCCCUACCGGUUGCUGCUGUGGGACCCAUCAGGGUAGAGAUGAGGUUGGCCAAUGGGCAAUGCACCACAAAGGGUUGUAAUGAAGUGACUGCGGCCUACAGCUCUUUCUAUACGGAGGCAGACUAUCCUGUGAGCAAAGUACUGAGGGACCCCGUGUAUGUGGACGUUCAGCUCCUUGGAAAGACAGAUCAAUUGCUUGUCCUGACUCUUGAUCGCUGCUGGGUAACUGCAAACCCCUACCCUCACAGCCUGCCCCAGUGGAACAUUCUGACAGACGGAUGUCCAUGCAGGGACGAUCGCUACUUGUCCUCACUGGUUCCAGUGGAUCAGUCCUCUGGUCUGGAGUUCCCAAGUCACCACAGACGUUUCAUUUUCAAAAUGUUUACCUUCGUGAACCCCAGUUCAAAUGAACCCAUGAAUGAACGGGUGUACAUUCACUGCAGUACAGCUGUGUGCUACAAUGCUCCGGGUGCCAGAUGUGAACCAAUGUGCCUCAGGAGAAAGAGAGAUGUGGAAGCUGUGAGCCAGGAGAAGAGCGAAUCGAAGGUUGUGGUUUCUUCUGGGCCAUUGGCCAUGGCCUCUCCAGAGCAGUAAACAGCGUCGAGCUCAGUUUUAGAGAAACAUUUGGAACAUGGUUCAUUUGUUACUGGUAUGAAAUGAAAACUGCAUAUGUUGUAAUGUAUCACAAAAAGGGCUUAACGUGUGCUGCAGGACGAAUCACAUGCAUGUCAUCAGAGUGUUGUAUUCAGAUUUAUAUUAAAAAAAUGAAUUGGCUCAGACGUGAUGUUAA